UGCUGUGCCUAUGUCAGUGUGAUCGUUGUCUGAAGAACACAAUCCAAACUGCGAGGACAUGUCUGAAAUGUGAAACAGCUGUUUGUUCUCUGAACAUAAAACUGAAGUUAAUUGGAGCAGUUUACGCCGAUCACACCCUAAUGGAACCUAUGACAGAAAGGCAUUGCCUUGAGCACAAGAGACCUCUACUGUUCUACUGUAAAAAGCAUGACGUGUGUGUGUGUGACUCCUGCAUAACAGAGAAACAUCAAUCCCAUACACUACUGAGUCUGGAUCAGGCACAAGCUACAAUUAAGGAAGAUUUGAAGACAGAUAUUGAAAGACUUCAGGAAGAGAUCUGCUCCAUCAAACAGGAUGAUUUGAAGAGAUCAGAAGCUGAUGUAAAGGCACAGGUCAUUGAACUGAAAAGAAAACUAUCCAAAAGAUACUACGACAGAAAAAAGCAGCUGGAAGAAGAUGAAGAAUACAUCCUGAGAUUAAUUGAUGAUGAAGGUCUACGAACUCUGUCGCGGAUUAAGAGCUAUUCUGAAACAUUAACCAGGGAACAGGAACGGAUUAUACUAAUAGAUCACGAAGCGCAGAGUCUGGAACAGGGAGACUCCCUCUCCUUUAUUCAGAACUCUAAGCCGAUCCUUUCCAGAUUGAUUGAAGCACAGGACGUUAUUGAUGUAGACAAAUCAGCAUUCACCCUGAACCUCUCUGCCGAAUCUCAUCUAAUCCAGAAGAGGCUGAAUAGAUCGGGGAAAAGACCACUGAUGUUCCUGGACCCAAAGACAGCAAACUUCUACUUGAUUCUGUCUGAUGAUCACAGAGCAGUAACUCUGGCUGAGCAAGAACAGAGCUACCCGAAUAACCCAGAGCGCUUCACCGAUUAUUACCAAGUGUUCUCUUGUGAAGCCAUUUCCUCGGGAUCCCACUGUUGGGAUGCGGAGAGCGAUGGGGAACAAUGGGGCAUGGGGAUUGCGUAUGACAGUAUAAAGAGAGAGGGGAAGUAUUCUUGGUUUGGGGAAACCACUCAUUCAUGGUGUUUAUAUUUGAGUACUGAUUCGGUUGUUUUCUGGCACGAUAAUGAACGCACUGAUAUCCCAAUUAUCCCAUCUCAGAGCAAGAUUCGGGUUCAAUUGGAUUAUGAGACUGGGAUUGUGUCAUUUCACCACGUCACUGAUUCUCUGACACUUUUACACUCAUUUCAUAGCACCUUCACUGAACCCGUAUUUCCAGCAUUUUGUUGUUAUAGCAGCUCACUCAAACUGCUAAAUUAAUCCUGACUGUUGUGAUUAUUACUUUGUUAAUUUGUGUCCUAUGUAUGGAAAAUUUUUAAUUCCAAUAAUCCAGCAUUAAAGUUUGAAGUGCUGAUUGAUUGAGCAAAUGUGAGCAUAUCAGAGAGAGUUAGUAUACAUGUGUCAAAGCAGGUUAUAUCUUCUUGCGUAUGGCGUGCACAGCUUAAAGUUGUAGGACAACUUGUUCUAUUUGAUCUAUUUGUUUGUGCACGUCGGGUUGAUUGCAUUAGUCGACAGGGUGGACCAGGUGAAGGUUGCAAUCUCCCACCCCAGUAGGUAAUAUUUGGGGCGGUCAAUUCAAUAGUUUCAUCUAAUUCAAUAGUAGAUUCCAAUCUAGACGUGUUUAUUGUCAUAUACACAAGUGUGGUGAGAUAUCGGUACAAUGCAAAUCUUGCUUGCAGCAGCAUCACAGACAUGUAGACACGUAACACACAAACAUAAACUAUGCGUAAAUUACAUCUAAAUUCUACAAGACUGAAGAAAGACACAAAAAAAAAACACAAUUGUGCAAAAUGCAAUUCAAAAACAAGUGCCAGAGUGGUCCAUAAGUGUUCCAUCGCCGAUGUAAGUUGUAUCUGAAUCUAGUGGUGUGUGACUGUAGAUUAGUUACUUUACUUACUAACCAAUGUAGUGCUUUAUUAUCAGAAGCUCUGCCUACUACCACACUAUUCAUAUUAUCGCAACCCGACAUGUGCAGUGAGUCUAUGCUGCUGUACAGUAGAAGCAACUUGCUAUAGUGUGCUAUAUGUGCUUAUCAAUAAAUACCAUUGUACCAACCUUUGUACCAUG